UCAAGCCACCAUAGAAUUCUUCCAUCCACCUCGCCGGUCGCCACCUCCCAGCAGCUUUAAACCCUACGAUCGAGCACGAUAGCUAGCUCCUCUCUCCGCCAACUGCAAGCAGCCGCCUUUCUCCUUCCCUCCACGCCUCGAGAUCCUCCACAACCGGACACCAUGCUGAGCGCUUUCGCCGCCCUGUGUCUGGCCUUGGCCUUCGCCGCCCUCGACCUCUUCACAUUCCUGGACUCGCAGGGCGGUGCGGGCACCAUGACAUCCGCUCCACUGCUCGACAUCGCGGCCGAGCUUUUGUCGCCGUUGGGUGCGCUGGGAGCCCUCUGCGUCGCCGUCGCGCUCACCUACCAUCACCUGAGUCGUCGCCGUCGCCACGCCACCGCCGCCCCCGUAGCCGCCGGCGCGGGCAGCGAGCGGCCCGCGAUCUCGGGGCUUGUCAUCUUCGUGCUAUGCGUCUCCGCGGGCACGCUCGAGUUCAUCGUGUUCGGGCACGGGCAGGCCGCCGGUGGUGGUGGUGGUGGUGGUGCGGGUCACGGCGUGCAUGCUCAUGCGCUGGGCCUGGCUGCUCUCCGCGCGCUGCCAGCCGCGGCGACGGCCACGUUCUUUCUCGGGAUGAUGCUAAUCAUCAUCGCACACGUCCGCGCCGGCGGCGCCGUCGUCGCCGGAGACGCGACGAUCCAGGGGCUCCUGCGCGUCCUCACCAAGGUCGCGGCCGGAGCAGCGGCGGCGCUCGUCGGCUUAAUGGCCAUGGCCCUCACCCUCUACCUCUAACGGAACCAAAUACUGAAAGCAUGUAAGUAGAGGUGCAGGCCGGUUACAUUGCAAUCAAGGUCCUGAUCGAGAUUGACAACGUCCUACACACAACAGAUUUCAACAUCAUCUCCAUAUAUGUAACGAAUUUUCCUAUGUGUAAUUCAGAUGGAUAUUAUGUAGUACUAAAUAUGGUUGUGCUGGUUGCUUCUUGCAACUCAGCAAGUGGAGUCGGCUGUGAUAUUUUUAGCUUUUGUGUCUAUUAUGGUCGAAACUUGCCUUUGCAUUUGUCACCAUUUCGUAAUUUGUACUAUCAGACAUGGAAAUGUGGUUGACUGAUAUGGUAAAAUCUUCUGUGUUGGUGAAUUAAUGUACCUGAUGAUUGCUAA